CCAUGGCUCUCUGCCUUUGACUUAUGGUAAUGGGGCGGGGUUAGCUCUUCUGCCUGAGAGGAACAGGCACUGCUAAGGCUUCAGCAUGGGGUGCAGCAUAUCCUGGUGAAUUAUCUUCUGCCUAUAACUUCGGUACUUCAAACUCCGGCCAGGACAGAGAAAGAAUGGCAAGCCAUCCUUUAGCAAGUGGGGGAAUUGGAAAAGGCCCUUCUGGUGCUCAGUCUGGAAUCCACGGGGAGAUCUGGGCAACAACUGGGCAGAAGAUCCUAGAGGAGAAAACCACCCUUUCAAAAAUUCAGCCCUGGAACUUCAGGAGCUUCCAAUACAAGGAGGAUGAAGGCCCCCGAGGACUUUGCAGCCGGCUCCAUUCCUUUUGUAGUCGAUGGUUGAGACCAGAAAAGCACACAAAAGUGCAGAUGCUGGACCUGGUGGUUCUGGAGCAGUUCCUGGCGCUUCUGCCCCUGCAGAUGGAGAGCUGGGUGCGGGAGUGUGGAGCAGAGACCAGCUCCCAGGCGGUGGCCCUGGUGGAAGGCUUCCUCCUGAGCCAGGCGGAGGAGAAGAAGGAGCAGGUUGAGUUGCAGUCCUUCGCAAUGGAGAUCAGAGAUCCUGAGAGAAAGAGGCAUCUGUCAAAUCUCCCUCAAGAACUGUCUUUCAGGGGGAUCCCUCAGGGAGAUCCAAUUCAGGACACCUCAGGAGGGAAGAAUAGAAGGAAGUUGACUCUUUGUUUUGGGGGAGCAGAAACCAGGAUUGAACCUCCAACUCAGGAGGUGAUGAGCCCACCCUCUCCAUCCUACAUCUGCUUGCCUCGGUAACAGUGGCCAAAGUUUUCAGCACAUCCCGGUCUCCACCUGCCCUGCUUGCUGGGCCUGCUGCUGCUGGGACACUUUUGGCCGCUGGCUGCCAAGCGGCUGCCUCUGCUGCUGUUGGCCUCCUGGCAGUGUUUCUUUCGGCCAUCCUACUGGGCUGUCCUGUGUGCUGCAGGGUCAGUCAUCCCAGAUCUAUGACUUCUGGAGCGCCCCCUUGCUGCAUGGGCUUUGCAGAACCAUAGGUCUGCAACAACAGCUAUGCCUUCUCCCUUCGAAAACACGCCAGGAUGUAAUCUGAAUAACAUCACCCGAGAGGUCUCAUGGAGAGGCGGGUGAGCCCCUUGCCCUUCGCUGUGCGGCUUCUCUCCCAUGUUUCGCCUAUGCUUUAGCCUAGCCUUGCCCUCUAUUUAUUUUAUUUAUUUUUAUUUAUUAAUUUAAUUUGUAUACCGCCCUUCUCCCAGAAGGGAUUCAGGGCGGUGAACAGCCAAAAUUAAAAAACAUACAAAUGCAAAAGUUAAGAUAAUUAAAAGAAUUAAAUCACUGGCUACCCAAUUUAAAACCCCAAAUCCAUAAAAUUUAAAAUCCCAAUUAAAAACCAUUUAGGCUAGGCUGGCUUGAUGAAAUAAAAACGUCUUCAGGGCUUUACGGAAGGUCCGGAGGUCCGGGAUCAAUCGUAUUCCAGGAGGCAGCUCAUUCCACAGGGCGGGUGCCCCCACAGAGAAGGCUCGCCCCCUGGGGGCCACCAGCCAACAUUGCCUGAUCGACGGCACCCCGAGGAGGCCCUCUCUGUGAGAGCGUAUUGGCCGGUGGGAGGUUAUCGGUAGCAGCAGGCGGUCUCGCAAAUACCCUGGCCCUAAGCCAUGGAGCGCUUUAAAGAUGAGAACCAACACCUUAAAGCGCACCCGGAAGACCACCGGGAGCCAAUGCAGCUCGCGCAGGAGAGGUGUUACGUGGGAGCGCCACGUCGCUCCCAUAAUCACCCGCGCGGCCGCAUUCUGCACCAGCUGGAGCCUCCGGGUGCUCCUCAGGGGGAGCCCCAUGUAGAGAGUGUUACAGUAGUCCAGGCGUGACGUAACCAAGGCAUGAGUGACUGUGCACAAGGAGUCCCGAUCCAGAAAGGGGCGCAACUGACGUAUCAGGCGAACCUAUAUCAGGCGAACCUAUAUCACCCUCCAAAGAGGGAGGCCAAGCUUCAAAGGGGAUGGGAGGACCGGGACAAAUCUGAAAAAAACAGACCCUUCCUUCCAUGCCAGGUUUCCGUGAGCAAGCCCGGGGAGCAGCUGGCGAAGAUGCAGCCCUCAAGUGACUGCUCUCCCUUUUUUCCUUCUCCUUCCUUCUGAAGUGAGGGUCGAAAAGCCCCAUCAUUUCCAGCCACCAUCCCACCACCUGUCUUUGCUUACAGAGUGUGUGGCACAGCUGGAGGAUUAGGUUGGAUGACAGGGGCCGAAUGUGCACAAGUUGUGGCGUGGCACCACCCUGCCCUGCCACUUGCCUUCCCUCACCUCGCGGGGGCACCAGCAAGAGAUGUGUGGGGGCAGGUAGGGAAGGCAUGCGAUCCAGCCCACCAGACAUGCCAUGAGGUUGCCUGCUCUGUAGUAGUUGCGGGCAAGCAAACAUGGACAGAGUGGGCAGAGGGUCCACACGGCGCAUCUGGUAGGCCAGAUUGCAUACCUAUCCCACCCCACCCACGUCUCUGCCAGUGCCACUUCUAUGAGGCGAGGCAGGGGUGGCACCACGGCAGGGCUCCUACAUUCUCAGCCCCUGCCAUCCAGCCUGAUCCUCCAGCUCCACCACUGCACUCCAAAGAAGAAAAGAUAGAUGGUGGGACAGAUCGCAUGCCUCCACCUUCCCUUGUGCAGGCCAAAGUUGUUCCAGACAUUAUCUGGCCCCGCACAUGUGCUCACCAUCUCCUAUGACGGCCAUGUCCACUGCCCCACCCUCCCUGAUGACGCACUGAACUCAGGCUUAUUUUGGGGGUAGGGCUUAUAUUAUGAGCAACAUGGAAAAUCAUGCUAGGUCUUAUUAUCGAUAGAUUGUAUUUUCUGGGAAUCACGGUAUUCUCCAUGCUUUUCAAUAAAAAAUGUUUUACAUAA